CUCAUAUUGGCUUCCUAGAAAAGGACUAACAUAAGCCGUCAUUAUACAAAUCUGAUUCUGAAGGUCACCGAUAAUUCAGAUUCUCAAGGACAAACCUAAUGACUAUUUGGGCGUGCAGCUUACGCAAGUUCCUCUUGAUCGGAAGAAACGUUCUACUUUGUUCCGUUGUUUCCAGAUACAAGCGGUUCAUUUCGAAUUUCGCUUAUCCUCCGUCUUCGGGGUUGAUGAAGCUCCCAUUGUUUGCUCUGGCAUUCCCUACUAUUCAGCUCAAAACGAUUGGUUUGGACUUUAAGGGCUUCAAAAACCCUGAUAUAUUCGAAUGCAUUCUAUCUAUGAACAGCAAGUCUCUCUCUAGGUUUACUUGGUCUUCGUUAAUAAUUUUCUACAGCAUUUUGAAGGGUAGUAAGGAGGCUGUAAAAGAUAGACAUUCUUUAGGAUGGACUCCACUAAUGCUUGCAGUGGUUACCAGGAAUUACGAGUAGUUUUUUCUCAUUAUCGUUUAAUGAACUGAAGGGCAGUGAAAGAAUUGUUGAAGUCUGGCUCAAAUCCUAACGACGUUGACAAUUAUGCUGGUAUCGUAAGAACUGCACAUGAUUUGAGAAUGAUGUCUUCGGAAGUUGAGUGGAUACGGCUUACACAGUUUAGUGACUUUCUGAAUCCAUCGGCUGAUUUUCGUGGUUGUUCUGCACUUCACUAUGCUGUGUUAAUAAAUGACUCCAAAUUGGUUCGUUUAUUGCUGGAAUUUGGGGCUGAUCCGACUAUAGUGAACGAACGUGGUCACCGUCCAGUUAUGUACGCUAAAGACUCCUCUAUCAGGGAUUUGCUAGCUGAGGCUGAGUCGAAGAAGGCAGAAGAAGUGGCUGCCAAAGAGCGAGAGGAAAGACGCCUUCAACCACUAGAAAAUCGUUUACGUAAAGUAAUUGUUGGUCAAGAAGCUGCUAUUCGCACUGUUAGUGCAGCUAUAAGACGUAAAGAAAAUGGUUGGUAUGAUGAAGAUCAUCCACUUGUAUUUCUGUUUCUCGGAUCAUCCGGUAUAGGCAAAACGGAGUUGGCUAAACAAGUAGCAGCAUACUUACAUAAAGACAUUAAAAAGGGCUUUAUACGUAUUGAUAUGUCGGAAUACCAAGAAAAACAUGAAGUGUCCAAAUUCAUCGGAUCACCACCGGGUUAUGUUGGUCAUGAAGAAGGUGGUCAGCUUACACGAGCUUUAGCUGCUUGUCCUAAUGCAGUUGUUUUGUUUGAUGAAACAGAGAAAGCUCAUCCAGAUGUUUUGACAGCUUUGUUACAGUUAUUUGAUGAAGGACGGUUAACAGAUGGGCGUGGUACUACAAUUAACUGUAAAGACGCUAUAUUCAUUAUGACAUCGAAUGUUGGAAGUCAAGUUAUAGCUGAACAUGCGCAACAACUACGAUACGUUUCCGGAAAUGAUGAAGCUGACAUUGAAAUAUCUCGCGACUUUAAAGAAAAAGUUAUGCGUCCGAUAUUAAGGAGACAUUUUCUUCGUGAUGAAUUUCUUGGUCGUAUUAAUGAAAUGGUUUACUUUUUACCAUUCUCCACAUCUGAACUUACCGAACUAGUGAAUCGUAGUUUAAAAAGUUGGAGUGAGAAGGCAUUGAAAAGGCAUUCUCUCACAGUAACAUGGAAUCGUGAAGUAGUAGAUCUUAUUGUUGAUGGAUAUGAUGUGUAUUAUGGAGCAAGAUCAAUUAAUUACGAGAUUGAACGUAGGAUAAUAAGCCUUCUCGCUUUAGCUGAUGAACAAGGACAUCUAAAUCCUGGCAGUCAUGUCAACAUCAGUGUUAGUCAUAAAAGCGUUAAAGAUGAAGCUUGGUCAUCGAAAAAAUCAAAUGAAAACUUGGAUCCAACAAUAUCUUCCCCACCGCGUAUAGUACUUAAUGUUACAGAUGCAAAAGGCAAAAUGAAUAAAGUUCUUGAUUUGACGCAGACCACUAUUUCGUGGGCAUGAGUUUAUAUAUAUAUAUAUAUAUAUAUAUAUAUAUAUAUAUAUAUAUAUAUAUAUAUAUAUAUAUACUAUUUUAGGAAACCAACUUUUCGUGCACCAUAAUGAUACUGACUGCCUACUCACACGAAGUUUUUGGCAUACUACUUCAGGUUCUCUUGAAGAGAUUUUCUAAAGCUUGUCAGUAUAUCCAGUGCAUGUUGUACACAAAUGUUUCAUUUUAGUAUAUACAACAAGAUUAUUUAUGAAAAUACGUGGAUUCAUUUUUGUUGGACAUGUGAUAAUAAAUUUUCAGCAAUAGGCGCCUCGUACAGCGGAUAUUUAUUCGUCUUUCGUACGUGUUGUGAAACAUUGCUUCCUGUCCUUUUUUAAAGAGAUAACGGCUUCAAGCCUUGAAUAACGCAUAUAGUUGUAGUCUUUUU